AUGACUUCCUCGGAUGGCGGCGCUGGCGACUCCAACAACGGUCGCUUCAACCUCGCCGACGAACUCCUCUUGCUUCAAGAUGAACCCUACAUCAUCCCGCAGGAGGUCGCCGUCGACGACAUGAAUCAAUCCGAACAGAUCUCCACCCUCGACUCUGCCAUCGACGCCAUCACAUCCAGUCCCGACAAUGUCUCAAAUCCCGAAAUCUACGACCUCAUCCGAUCCUACCUCAAGCACUUUGCCAACCUCUCCCCCAACGCUUGCAACAAGCUUCUCGAUGUCAUCGCAUCGGGCAUGUCUAAUGCCCUCGAUGAAGCACAACGAGAGCUCGACGGCGACGACCCGAACGCCUACGCUUCCCAUGCAGACACGCUCGAGCGAUUUGCCUUCCUCCUUCAGUGGCUCGUCUCGGUUGCAGAGAAGCACAGCGGCGCUCGUUCCGACAGCGCUGGCUCUGCUGCUGCCAUCGUCGCUGCCAGAGGCGGCGCUGGCGCACGUCGUGGUGCGGGCGCAAAGUCCGCUGCCGCCGCUGCUGCCGCUGCUAAAUCCGGUUCCGCAAAGGCAGACGCAUGGCCGUGGUCCAACUCGAUUCCUGCCGUACUCACCCUCAUGUCCAAGGCCGCACGCGUACGUAGCGAGCGCAUGUGGACCGUCUCGGCCGCCCGCGACUCGUUCGUUUCGGGUUGUCUCUUGCGUCCUGCCCUCCUUCUGCAAGAGAACGAGCUGUAUCUCAAGGUACCGGCCAUCAAGCUCGGCAUCUUCAAGGUCAUCUGCCAGGCUGUCAAGGCCCACGGUCAGGCUUUCAGCGCGCAGACCAGCAUCAUGCAGAGCCUUCAAUACUACGAGCACCUUGCAGAGCCAAUGGCAGAGCUACUCGCCGUCAUGCGUCUCGAGUUUGACUACGAGCGUCUCGGCGAAGACGUCCUGCGCGAAGUCGCUGCCAAGAACUUCGGCGCCAUGGACACAAAGAGUCCGCGCUCCUUUGGUCGCUUCCUCGUUCGCAUGGCCGAGCUCAGCCCUCGUAGCGUGCUCAAGCAGAUCAGCCUCUUGCAGAAGCAUCUCGACUCCGAAUCCUACCCGAUGCGAAAUGCUCUCAUCGAGACCCUUGGUUUGCUCAUCAAGGAGCUCGCUCUCACCGACGAUUCUCUCAACGCCGAUGGUGGCGACUCCGGCUCCUCUGGCGACGCAGCUACCGACGAGAACCGUGGCAGCGCAGAGGCUCGCAAGAAACAGAUCGAGACAUUCUUCGACCUUCUCAUCGAGCGUUUCCUCGAUCUCAACUCGUACGUCCGAUCCAAGCUCAUCACCGUCUGCGCACGUCUUUUGGAUCUACCCACCAAGUUCCCAAAACAGCGAACCGAGAUCACCGAAAUGGUCAUCCGCCAUCUCGAGGACAAGAGCAGCGGUGUCCGCAAAAACGCCAUCGUCCUCCUCACAAAACUCAUCCUCACUCAUCCCUUUGGCAUGCUCCAUGGUGGAGAGCUCUGCCUCCAGGAAUGGCAGGCCCGAUUCGACCUCGUCUCCAAAGAGCUCGAAGAAACUGAGGGAUCCCUCAAUCUGCCAGGCGAGAACGACGAGGACGAGUCCGAAGCUGCCGAAGACUCGGAUCAAGACAUGGACGAAGACGAAGAGGAGGACGAGGCAGACUCAGAACAAGAUGGAGACGACACAGUCAUGCAGGACGAAGAUGAAGACGACGAAGACGAAGAUGCACCUCGAGCCCGCGGUCGCAAGUCUGUCAAGAAUUUCAACGCCAAGCAGAAGAACAAACCCAAAAAGGCUCGCCGUUCCGGGAUCGACCUCCAGGCGCUUGCUGCUGCCCAGGCUGAGAUGGAGCCCGUCGAUGCCGAAAAGGUCAUGCGUCUGCGUCUCACCAAGCGCUACUACACCGACGCCAUCGCUUUCAUCACCCAGAUCGAAACCGCCAUGCCCAACCUCACCCUCUUGCUCGCCUCGACCAACAAAGCCGAAGUGCUCGAGAGUAUGGAGUUCUUCCGCGUCGCUCACGAGUACAGGCUCUCGGGCUCUGCUGAAGGCGUGCGCAAGAUGGUUCACCUCAUCUGGACAAAGGACAACGCUCUCGUCAUGGAGGAUGGCAGUCAGCUAAAGGGCGUUCGAUCGCGUCUCAUCGAAGUCUACCGAGCCCUCUACUUUGACGCUCGCGCCGACCUGAAUGCCAAGGACAAUAUUGCCCGCAUCGCCAAAAACAUGAUCGAACGCACUUUCGGUGCCACGCUGGCCGAGCUCACCUCCCUAGAAGAGAUGCUCAAGACCAUGCAGAUUGAGAACCUCGUCCAUCCCGAGGUCGUCAACAAGCUCUGGGCCGUCUACUCGGCACCACGUGCCAUCUCUGCCGCGCAGCGAAGAGGCGCCAUCAUCGUCUUGGGAAUGCUCGCCACCGCCAGGCGCGAGAUCAUCUCGGAGCAUGUCGAUACGCUUCUGCGCGUCGGUCUCGGCCCGUUGGGAGCACGCGAUGUUGUGCUCGCCAAGUACACCUGCGUCGCGCUUCAACGACUCGGUGGUAGCGUCAAGAAGGUCAAAGGUGCGCUCAGCGAUGAAAGUGUGCGAUAUCCCAUGACGCAUCCGCUUUUCGGUCGUCUGCGUGCCGCCAUUCAGAUGUCGGGCGAUGUGCUGAAGGGCAACAGCCGUGCAGAGUGGUUCAGCUUGGCCGAGAACACCAUCAACACCAUCUACCUCUUGGGAGAGCAGCCCGAUGCCAUGUGCACAGACAUUGUUCGCAGCAUGACCUCGCGCGUGUUUGGUGGCAAAGCUGCCAAACCGGACCGCCACAGCGAUGACGAUGCGGCCAGCGAUGUUUCCAUGGCGGAUGCAAGGGACGCCGCGUCGAGCUCGGAUGCACCCAUCAUGGGCGAUGCAUUCCAGCUCGCCCAGCUGCUUUUCAUCGUCGGCCACGUGGCGCUCAAGCACAUUGUCUACCUCGAGUUGGUCGAGCGAGAGUACAAGCGACGCAAGGCAGAGGCAGACAAGGAGAAGGCUGUCGCUAAAGCCGUGUCGCAGGGCAAGGCCAGCAAAGCCGCUGCUGCCGCUGCCGCUGCUGCGGUGGAGGAACUCGAUCAAGUCGCCGGAAACGCCGAGGACGAGAUCGGCGAAGUGAUUGCCAGCGUCCGUGAAAAGGAGCUGCUGUACGGAAGUCGAAGUGUUCUGGCCAUGUUUGGUCCCAUCGUGACGCACAUUUGCAGCAGCCCCAAGUCGUAUCCGAACGAGCUCGUGCGUCGAGCCGCCGUGCUGACGCUUUGCAAGUUCAUGUGCGUCUCGUCGACGUUCUGCGAAGCCAACCUGGCGUUGCUGCUGCACAUCCUCACCACGUCCAAGGACGCCGUGAUCCGCAGCAACGUCGUGAUUGCGCUCGGUGACAUUGCCGUCUGCUUCGGCUCGCUAGUAGACGAGAACUCGGACCGUCUGUACGCAGGUUUGGGCGAUCCGGAUCUGUCGGUCAAAAAGCACACGCUGAUGGUGCUCACGCACUUGAUCCUCAACGGAAUGAUCAAGGUCAAGGGGCAACUCGGCGAGAUGGCCAAGUGUCUCGAGGACGAAGAACCGCGCGUUUCGGACCUGGCCAAACUCUUCUUCUCGGAACUCGCGACGAAGGAGAAUGCGGUGUACAACAACUUGCCCGACAUCAUCUCGCAUCUCUCGAUCGGAAAGCACGCCGUGGACGAAGAGACGUUUGCGCGAACGAUGAAGUUCAUCUUUACCUUCAUUGACAAGGAGAAGCAAGCCGAGAAUGUGGUCGACAAGCUGUGUCAGAGGUUCAGGUUGACCAACUCGGAACGACAAUGGCGCGAUAUCGCGUUCUGUCUGUCGCUGCUUCCGUACAAGAGCGAGAGGUCGGUCAAGAAGCUCAUCGAAGGAUUGCCUUUCUACCAAGACAAGCUAUACCACGCAGAGGUGUACAAGAGGUUCCAGGAGAUCUUGGCAAAGGCGAGGGCCAACAAGACGACUGCUUCCGGUGCUGGUGGACGAGGUGGCAGCGGUGGUGGGGCGGGAGGCAGUGCGGAAGGUGCAGGUGACUUGCGUGAAUUCGAAGAGAUCUUGGCACAGGCUGCGGCCAAGGGUGAGCAGGACGAGGCGUUUGAAGGUGCGGCGCAGGCCAAGGUGGCCAAGCUGACAAAGGCGAGGGGCAAGGGUGGCAAGACGAGCAAUGCGGCGGGGACGGGCACGAAGAGGAGCACGAGGGGCAGUAGAAGGAUUUCGGUCGCUAGUGAUGAGUGA